CUUGCAUCCACGACAACAUACACCCGUCCUCCGACCUGUUCAUUCUUUCCAAUAAAAAGUAGACAAUCAAACUCAACAACAGCAACUGCAACAGGAAAAUGAAGAUAACAAGCAAGACGAUCCAGAAGCGACGUGGAUGCUCUCCUGGAAAGAGCAAGACCAGCCAUGAAGACCUCUUGGCAGUGAUUGAAGACCCAUCAAAGUCCCAAGCCCAAGAGGUGAUUGGAAUCUUGGUGGAAUAUGCCGCCCAAUUGAAAGAUUUCAAUCUCAAGUACAAAGCCGCUGAUACCGGUACCAACAAGAAAAUGGAAGUGUCACCCAGUCUCCUGGAUCAACGAAUGGAGAAACUCUGGGAGGACCGCGAGAAAUGCAUCCGUCGUUUGGAAAUUCUAAAAGACAAGAAAGAAAAGCUGCAGGUGUUGCUCAAAGAGCUAAAGCCAAUAUCCAAAAAAGUGAAUCGCCUGUGUCGUGUCGCCAAGGAAGACGAGGAAUUUGCUCAGUGCCUUCGCAUGGUCGUUGCGUCCAAUUGGGUGAUCCUUCAAGACUUGAUAUUGGAAGGGCACAGAACAAAUCCAAAACUGUUGCUCAAUACCGUUAGUGAUGUGGUUGACGAAAACCUGAGAGAAAAGCAAAAGCUCUUGUUGUGCUGGCAGGAAACAUAUCUGGGCGAUGGUGUGCUGGAUAUGACAGUUCUUGAAAACGAGACGCCAGAGAGCAGCGACAACCAGUGGGUUCCUUUGGAUGCCAAGGAAGCUCGUGGCUGUGAUAGUUUGACUGAUUUGGCUGGCAAUGGAGAGGUUGAGUUUGCCGCUAUCAACAGCGCCACGGACAUUUGUGACACCUGUGGUUGGCGCAUUGGCUUUUCAGACCCAAGGUGGCGUUGCACGGUAUGUCUCCAGACUCAAUGUGACAGCUGUCACCGCCACUUUUGUGAGAAUUUCCAUGGUCAACACAUUGACAAGGUCCAAAAUGGCAAGUUGGGGAUGGUAUUGGAAAAGAUCCAUCCCUCCAUGGCUCGAUUGGAGGCAUCUUCGUGCCAGAGUCUGGCAGAAGCCAUGUACACCAUUCUAGACAAAUGGGGUGAUCGACCUGCAUUCUGUGUCUAUCCUGACAAGGGGCGCCAUCCGUCGUGGUUAUCGUACCGCCAAGUGUUGAAUGCAGCAUUGAAACGGGUCACAAAGCUCCGCGAGCUCCAAUGCAAUCAAGUUGCCCUGUGCUUCCCGGCUGCAUCGAUUGACUUUUACCUGUGGGAUAUUGCUUGCAUAAUGGCGGGAAUCAUCACAAUUGGCAUCCCUUGUCCGCCCCCUGCCGUGGAAGAUUGGCCAGACUCGGUGGGUUGUGUGGUGUGCUCCGGGGCCACACAGAAAAGGUACAACGACAGGAUUCCGUCCAAGGCCUGCUGGAUCGAUGCUUCCUCUGCCGACGACUUGGCCCCUUUCGAUGCUUCGAGACUCGUCCAACGAAACAAACCUGACCCAGAAGAUUCCAUCUGCACCAUAUUCUUUACAAGCGGAACCACAGGAAAGCCAAAACUGGUCCCAGAAACAAGGCGUAGGUUCAAAGACGACAAUUUCAAUUCGUCCUUUGUACGGGGCAGGCUCGAAUGCUCGGUGAGCUUCCUUCCGCCUUGCUGGGGAACUGACCGUCACAUAAUCUACUGGUCGGUUGCUUUCGGAAAUCGAGUGGGCUUUGCGCCACAAAGUCCCACCAUGCCACAGCUCGUCGAAGCCAUGGAAAUGUACAAACCCACCUGGAUGGUGAUCCCGCCCACAGUGGCGCAGUUCCUAUGCUCUCUGGGUGGCGGCGACAACCAACCGCCGUCUUUGGGUGGAAACAUCGAGUUUCUCUCUGUGGGAGGCGGUCCCACGUCGCAAGGCAUGCUUCGGGGUCUGAGAGACAUCUAUGGCAUCAAAGACGUGAGGGAGGGAUACGGGUCCACAGAGGUCGGAGGAAUCGCGUCCAAUGGGUGGUUUCACCUCGAUAUCCUGAAAAGCGUUAGGAUUAGAGACCCCAAUCAUCCCAGCGACCAGGAGGGUGGUUGGUUGGACAAACGAAAAGAAGGCGUUGUUGGAGAGCUCUGGAUUGGAGAUAUCAACACCAGCGACAUUGUGGAAGUGACGAGUUGGGGACAGCAUGUGAGAGUCAUUGGGAGGUCCAAGGAUGCCGGAACCUUCAAACUGGAGAAUGGGAAAUGGUGCGCCCUAAUCGAUAUUGAAGACGAGAUUACACGUUCAUGCUGCCCCGAGCUGUUUGACGAAGUUAUGGUUUGGGUCAACCACAAAGGAACGCUAGUCAUGUUGGGCUCCAGGGCAGCUCCUCGUUGGGGUAGCGCUGGGGCUGACAGAAAGAGUCUUCUGCAAGAAACCAUCAAACGAACAAAUCUGAAUCAUGAGAAGAGACCCAAAGCUUUGCUUCUGACCAAUGAGCCCCUUCCCAAGACUGUCACGCUCAAGGUUCAACGAGGCAAGGUAAUCCAACAGUUUCAGCAAGUGGCGAAUUCCUUGGAACUGAACAGCCCCAGCCUGUCAGAGGACAAUGAGGACGUCCCGGCUCAGGAUGUGGCGGAUAUUGCUGCUCUUGUUUUGGGUGGACCCGUUGAUAGUUCCAAAUCCUUUAUGGAAAAUGGCGGAGACUCGAUGACGGCUGUACUAUGGUUCAAAGAAAUUGAAAGGCGGCUAGGGAAAGAGGCAGUAUCGGAUUGGCGCGCACUGCUUGACAAUCCACUGGAAUGCCAAGGCGCCCCUAUUGACAAAACGGAGGAAGAGGAAGUUACGGUCGAGCCUCCCGCGGCUGUGGACUCCACUGCAGAUUCCAUCCUUCUGACUGGUGCCACAGGAUUCUUUGGCAAGCACGUUUUGCAGGCGAUUCUGCGCAAGCACGAGGACGUUGUGGUAGUUUGCCUUGUCCGAGAAGCCUCCGUGUCGGCGAUAGAAGCAUCUCGGCGCGUGUUGGUCGUCACCAGUGUACCAAAGGAGAGGAAGUAUUGGUAUGUGAUCCAUCUGGCGGCAAACGUCAAUCAUGUUUUGGGUUACAGAGCCCUCAAGGCGGACAAUGUUGACAUGACUGAAUACCUGCUGCGCCUUCGUGUGGCGCCCAUGAUCUACUGCUCGAGCAUGAGCACCAGGGAAGGAACCGCACCGUUCCCCGAUGGUUACACGCAAUCCAAAUGGGUGAGCGAGCAAAUGGUACUGCGCAGCGGGGGCAAAUGCUUUUGGCCUCCUCUUCUCGUUUGGGGCAAUCGCCGCGACUGGCUGACUCGACUGCUGCAGCAUAGCCUGCGGACGGGGUACUACCCAUCUGACCUGGGCUUUGUGGUUGCAUGUCCGGUGGAUGUUGCAGCCCGGGACUUGGUGGAAGGGCGUCCUUGCUCUGCCUGGGAUUUGGAUCUGUCCGAGCUCUUUCUGCGGCUUCGUGUGGAAACGGGGACUCUCCAACCCUUGCCGCUGACAUCGUUUGUCGAGGAGUUGCAGAAAGACCAGGAGAGCCCAGCAUAUCCCAUCCUGCCGUUGCUACGCGGCAAAGCCAUGGUUGGCAACACCAGAACACGUUCUUUGCAACCAUUAGAGAUUGAUGCGAAACUGGUUCUGUCUUCGUUGCAUGGAUGAGAUAGUAAAGCCCACGGACUGGGGCUUCACAGAAAGUUGGUUGCCGUGCGGUGGGAUAGUAAUGUUUGUAAUUGCUAGCUUGUGUUUCAUUGAAUAAUGUCUUUUUGUCCUCUAAAUAUGUAAUUUUAAGUAAAUGUAAUAAUGUACACACACAACACGCCU